UGUCGCUAGCGUCUCUGUUGUUGCCACACGUUUGCUGCUCGUGCUGCAAGCGAAAGGCAACGUCCGAUGCGGCCCGCCCCAUCCCUCUCUACCAUCGUCCGGUUGUUUACGUAGCUGUCUGCGUUUCUUUCAACACAGUACUAGGCGCUCGACGCACAGGCUGCGGCAUUUCACGAAGCCACCGCUUUGGCAAGCGAUAACCUUCGUGAAAGUCAGAGCUGUGGCGGUUUCUGUCUUUUCUAUCAGACGGCUGCUGCGGUAGCAUUUGAUACUCCUCGUGAUAGUACGUCUCUCCCACUUCGGAGAGACACUCAGCGGGCGCAUCGAAAGGCGGCGCUAGGGGCAACUGCUGUCUGAAGCCGGGAUGUUCAACAACAAGGCUAGAAUACUUGCGGAGUUGAAAGCCGCAAGGGCUACCAACCCGCUUGGAUACCCGCUCCUCCAGUUUUCUGUCGACCUGUACAAACAGCUUCUCUCAGAAAGUGGCACUAGUGGAAACAUAUUCUACUCCCCAUUCAGCAUCUCCGCUGCUCUUUCUAUGGCUCUAGCAGGAGCUCGGAACACCACCGCCGAGCAGCUCGCCGAUGUCCUGCACGUCAACAGCGAGGAGAUUCACGAGCACUUCUCCAGCUUCAUCUCUAAGCUUCCAGGCUUUGCCCCGGACGUAAAGCUGCACGUGGCCAACCGGAUGUACUCGGAGAAGACGUUUCCUGUCCUAGACAGCUACAUCACCCUUCUUCGGGACUGCUACGCUGCCACAAUUGAAUCCGUCGAUUUCAAAAACAACUUCGAGAAUGUUAGGCGCCAGGUUAACGGCUGGGUCGAUCAAGUCACAGAAUCGAAGAUCAGAGACCUCCUUCCACCAGGAUGCGUGGACGCUUUGACUACCCUUAUUUUGGUGAACGCCAUCUACUUUAAGGGCCUCUGGAAGUCGCAGUUCAACGUGAACUGGACGCGCCGUUCAGAUUUCCACCUGAACCCGAACAGCAAGACGUCGGUAGAUAUGAUGUACCAGAAGUCCGAUUUCAACAUGGCGCACAACAUGGCUCUAGAAGUGACAGCUCUGGAAAUACCGUACCGAGGUGGCAAGACUUCCAUGGUCGUGCUACUACCUGACAGAAUCGAUGGACUGUCCAAACUCGAGGAGGCUUUGAGUGCCGAGAACGUGGCAGAAGUUUUGAUGGACCUACAUAAUUGUACUGACGUCAAGCUAUACCUUCCCAAGUUCAAGUUUGAACAGACGAUAUACCUGAAGCAAACGCUAACUGCAAUGGGCAUCGAAGAGCUCUUUAGUCUGGCUGCUGCUGACCUGACCGGUAUCAGUGCGGACGGAAACCUCUGGGCUACCGAAGUUGUCCACAAGGCGUUCGUGGAAGUCAACGAGGAAGGCACGGAAGCCGCAGCAGCAACCGCUGUUGUGAUGGGCUUCGGCUGCAGCGCUCAAAGGUUCAUAGAGACAAAAUUUGUCGUUGACCACCCGUUCAUGUUUCUCAUACGAAGCCGCGAUCCAGACAUUGUCCUCUUCAUGGGAUCCGUUCGUCGACUCUAGGGAAAUCGUAAAAGGGUGCAAACAACUCUCUUUCCCAUCAGUGACACAAGAAUCACAUGACUUCAAGGUUACAGGUCCGCGACCCCAAUAGCAGACACAAUGCUGUAAAUUAUGGAACUAUACAUUUUUCAUGUGCUUUAAAGUCGAAGUGAGUGUGUUAUAUGGAUGCACUUAAAUAUCUUCCGUCGUUUUUAAUAUUUUUCUAUCUGCAAGUAUUCGAGACUACACUCCUAUCAUUGUUUUUCUGAUUGUGUGAUUAGCUCCUGCUGUCCUCUUCUGGGUAACUUCUUCCCUGCUAUUCAAGCGAGAGAGCGUGGUGUACUCUUUCUGGAGGCAAUUGUCAGCUUGUCCUUGUACGUUUUUGGGCAACCCUUGUAUGUUUUGAUAAGACAAUGAUCUGUUAUUUUCUGAAA